GCGCGCCGCAAUCUGCCAUCCGAAGCGGGAGCGGUCGGUUGAUUUAUCACGAACGCCGGAUUCUCUCGUCCGCGUCGACCCAGUUAGUUAUCCCCGGGACAUUUCGUCGAACGGAGAAUACAUCGCGUCUCGAGGACGUCGCGCGAGAACCGCGCCGAAGAACGCGAAAACGCAUAUCGCGCAGCUGCGCGCGCGAUUGCGAGCACGCACGCACGCGCGCGUGCCACAAGUGUCAUAUAAGUGUGUGCGUAUAUAUGUGCGUUGGAUCGUCGGGCGUCCGUGUAUGCGACCGCGUGCGGGCGGUUCCCACACGACGUUGUCGUCCGUGCAACAAGUGUCAGGAGGAGGAAGAGGAGGCGGAGGUGACGGCGAUCGCUUGAACUGUGCGGUGGUGUGGAAUACGUCGUGCAUGGUGGAUCGGUGUGCGUGACAGAUCGGUUGACGGCUCGGGACGGCCGCCGUAAAAAACACCAUCGUUGUCGUCAUCGGGACCUGCUGACGGGAGAUCGCUCACCGGCAAGGGCGCACCGGGAUAUGGGCUGCGCCGUGAGCACCACCGGCGAGAAGGAGGCCGCCGAGAGGUCCAAGAAGAUCGACAAGGACCUCCGCGCUGAUGGCGAGCGGACCGCCAGCGAGGUCAAGCUCCUGCUGCUCGGUGCUGGCGAGUCUGGCAAAUCCACGAUAGUGAAACAAAUGAAAAUCAUUCACGAGACCGGCUACAGUAGAGAAGAAUGCGAACAAUACACAAAAGUAGUGUACAGCAAUACAAUACAGAGUUUAAUGACAAUUAUCAGAGCUAUGGGGGAGCUGAGGAUUGAUUUUGCUGAUCCCAAUAAAGCGGAUAUGGCACGACAAUUUUUCACCCUCGCAUCAGCGGCAGAGGAGGGUGAGCUAACUGGGGAACUGGCGUUAUUAAUGAAACGAUUAUGGCAGGACGCUGGUGUGCAGCUCUGUUUCACGCGUAACAGAGAAUACCUGCUCAACGAUUCGGCAGCAUAUUACCUUAAUGCACUUGACCGCAUAGCACAACACAAUUAUAUCCCGACGCAGCAAGAUGUUUUACGAACGCGUGUCAAGACUACGGGAAUCGUGGAGACGCAUUUCUCCUUCAAGGGUCUACACUUCAAAAUGUUCGAUGUCGGUGGUCAACGGUCCGAGAGAAAAAAAUGGAUUCACUGUUUCGAAGGGGUCACCGCAAUCAUCUUUUGCGUCGCUUUAAGUGGUUACGACCUAGUGCUGGCAGAGGACGAGGAAAUGAAUCGUAUGAUAGAGUCGAUGAAGUUGUUUGAUUCGAUUUGCAAUAGCAAAUGGUUCGUCGAAACGUCAAUUAUAUUGUUUCUGAACAAAAAGGACCUAUUCGAGGAGAAGAUUACCAAAAGUCCGCUCACCAUCUGCUUCCCGGAGUACAAGGGUACCAACACCUAUGAGGAAUGCGCCUCCUACAUUCAGAUGAAAUUUGAGAAUCUGAACAAGAGGAAGGAUCAGAAGCAGAUUUACACGCAUUUUACGUGCGCCACAGAUACGUCCAACAUACAAUUCGUGUUUGAUGCUGUAACAGACGUGAUAAUCAAGAAUAACUUGAGUAAUUGCGGUUUAUUAAGCUAAGUAUUCAAAUACUCGAUCAGCGUAAACUGUCGGAAAAACAGUAUAUAUUUCAACACAUGUUGAUGACUCGUAGAUCUUAACAAACGGAGGAAUGAUAAAGAGACUGAUCGAAAAUUCUAAAGUAUAAUACCGCGUAUCGUUUACAAACAUGAAUAUAUAAAUAUUCGAUUAAUAAUCGAUGAUUUUACAGAUUAGGCUUUGAAGUAUUCUAUUAGAGUAUGACGUAACUAUAUAAUUUCAUAGUUUUUAAUUAACUAUCCUUUGUACAAAAUUCGUAAAUUUGUCGGAGUUUCUAGUAUGCAAAUAUAUUUUUUAAUUUAUUGGUUUUUGGAUUUAAUUAGAUAUAACAAAGUAUUCUCAAAUUACGAACAAAUGAUUUUACAGUACUCGGGAAUCAAAUGUAAAGAUAAAGCAUUUCACAUUAUUGUCAAGAAUAUUCUUUUUUUUAUGCACUGUGUUCAAAACUUUGUAGUAGUUAUAUUUUUAGGAAAUUAAACAUUCACAUGCAUUGAUACGAUUAAUUGUAACUUCUAAAAAUUUUCAGCUCGUGACAAAUAAUUUUGUAACUUUUCUAAUGUAUCUUUUUUUAAUAAUCUUACUUGACAAUAGAUAAAAUGAAUUAUAUACAUUUUAAUUAAUCACAUUCAAAAUCAAAUUAUAUUAAUGUACGCAAUUGUUUAGUUUUUUCAUAAAUAUAAUUAUGCGAAGCAAUGCGUAGAAGAAAAAUUGAGACAAUAAUGUUAAAUAUAUAAAUAUACAUAUAGCGUACACUUACUUCCGAUUAAGAAGAGCAGAUAAAGUGUUACUUUGUUUUUGCUAAAUGUAUAUGUUUAACUAUACUAACCAAGAAUUUUAGAUAGCUAUUAAUUUAGUAAUACUUUUUGUAUAUAAUUUAUUGCAUUCACUAAAAACAAUUAUGCGCUAAAUGGAAAUGCGUUUCCAUGUUUCUGCUCAUAUCCAUUUGCAUUUAUGACAAAUAGAAAUUCAAUAUCUCAACGACGAACACGGCUCUCUGUGUUUCUAUUUCUACAGUAUAUAUUUAUCAAUUUGAGAAACAAUUUUUUUAUACAAGCUUCAUUUUUUAUACAUGUAUUAAUAAGUAAUAAAGCCGAGAUCGUUCUUAUUUCUCGAUUUAUCGAACCAAUAUAAUGAUAAUAUUAGGCAUUAGUACAAGACAAGUUCAAAUCAAAUUUCUUUAUACAGUUUAGAUCAAUAAAUGAAAUUUUUUUAAGA